UGUACUGUUGCUGAUAAAAAAGGCUUUUGUUCUUUUCUGCUAUGAUGGAAACCAAAAAACAAAAGUUUGGUGGUAUUCCAUAAACUAUUCACCGAUUUCAUCGCCUUUGUAUCUCUCCUUAGAAGUAUUUACCUCUUCAACGACACUAGAAAAGUUAGAAUUAAAGAGUUAUGGAAAUUGGAACGGAAGUAGUACUAGUAUAUCAAAAUUGGGUUAUGAAACUAUGACCAUAAGCAAAAUUUUGAACCCCCCUUACUAUUGUACUAGAUUGUUGUUUAUGUUGAGGCAGUUUAACAGCUUAUACAUAGCGGAAAAAAUCGUUUUUGCUUUAUUUGCACUGUACAAUUUUAUGGUGAAGGGGAUUUAAUUGAUGAGAAACGACUUAAAGCUUAGUGAUGUCUUCAUAAUUAAACCUGACCAUUGUAUUGUUUCUUGGUGGGGUUCCAAAUAUAGUCAGUGUGACAAGAUCUGAUCUUCUUGAUGCGUUUUCUGUAUAUCUUAGCAUUUAUUUUGAACUGAAUUGUGACAGGGAAGUUAAAAAAAUCCAUCUUCUAGCUGUUGGGAAAGAGUGAAUUAAUUACUUUUGUAGUUUUCAUUCGGUCGCUUUCCAUGAGGUACAAUAGGAAAGAUGGAAAUUUUUGUUUGUUCUGUAUGUGAGCUGUAAGCUUAAAAAGUUUAGUGCACCUGGUCCUCUUUCGUAUUAACCUUAACUUAGGUUGAAACUAGGAAAUGAGAUCACUUGCCCUCUUACAAUUUGAAUGGAACAAAAUGACUUUUUGAAAUUUCUUACGUGUAAACAUGAAGAUAGCCUGUAGAGAAGACAUAAUAAUAAUAAAUUAUGGAAGGCAAGGAAAUCAUUUCUCCCUGGUGAAGCAGGUAGGUCCUUUAGUAAGUACACUAUCAAAUAACAAAUGCGGUGGCCGAUAUGGGAAUUUAAAGUUAGCAGAUUGAGAUUUCCACUUUGCUUACUAUGUAAACUUAAUAAUCAAGAAGACAAAUUCUAACAAUUUUCUACUACACGUGUACUUUUGUAACUACACUUGAACAUUUUCAACUAGACGCGUAUAUUUUCAACUAUACCGCUACAUUUUUAUGAGGUAAAGUUACCCACACUGACUUGUCCCUAGAUAUCCGUCUCUGGCUAAAUGAAUGUGAGGAUAAGUUGGUGUAGGUGCACAGUUUGUUUUUUAACUCAUGAAAAUGUCCAUGUAUGGUUGAAAAUGUACACGUGUAAUUGAAUAAUGUACAUGUGUACAUUUUCAUGAGUUUAGCAUACCUGCUCAUCUUCCAUAUUUACGUUAACUUAGGCUGAAAUGAGGAAAUGAGAUUUCUUGCUCUCUUCAAUUUGAUUAGAAGAAAAUGACCUUUUCAUAUUUCGUACGUGUAAUAGUAAAGAUCUCUGAUAAAAGGACAUAAGAUUAGUUUUUGUUGGUGAAGGGGCUAGAAAACCAUUUCUCCCAACUGAAACAGUAGGCCCUUUAAUUUGUACUCCUACAACCUUCCAAGAGGAAAAUAUGGAUUUUGAUUUUGUACUAUAAAUGUGGGUAUGGGAUUUUAAAGUUGAUAGAUAUAGAUUACCACUUUUCCCAAUAUACAAACUUAUUAAUUAAAAAGACAAAUUUGAUAAUUUUCAACUGCACGUAUACUUCUUCAACUAUACGUGUACAUUUUCAUGAGUUGAAGAUAACUGUGCAUCCAUACCGACUUAUUCCCUCAUAUUCAUCUUUGGCAAAAUGGAUACCUUCCUGUUCACAGUGGUUUUCACUGCUUUUUUACAAAGCAAUGUCGAGAUUGAAAAUGUACACACAUAGUUGAAAAUGUACACGUGUAGAUGAAAAAUGGACACGUGUUCAUUUUUCAUCAGUUGAAAACAACUGUGCACUCAGCCACCCACACCGAAUUAUCCCCACAUAUUCGUCUCUAGCUAAAUGGAUACCUUUCUGUUCACGGUUGUUUUCACUGUUUUCUUCCAAAAGCAUUGUCGAGAUUAAGAUACUUGGAGAUUAUCUUCAAAGAUUAGUCCUGGUUGAUUUUGGUUUCUGCAAAAAAGAAAACAGCUUAAUCUUUAUGUAGAACAGCUAUUUUCCCAACAUUUUAGCAUGAAAUGGAUUAUUAUACAAGAGCAGAAUAAGGUAGGAAGACACGGUAGACUCAGCUAAUUUUUGAGCCAAAAUGUCUUGUUUCUUAGUGUAAAUGCAGUGUGGUUCAGGAGAUGAGAUUGCAGGAAGCCCGUACUUAAUGGAAUCCAUUCCUAGUAGUAGUGAUAAGAAAACUUUGAAGAGGUGGUUUUUCAUUGAUAAAAGGGUUGGUUAAAAAUUCGCUACUCCCAAACAUCCACUAUAAAGUAUCAACUGCAUACCUAUCAAUUGCAUAGUCAAACUCUGCCGAAUCCAUAGUGUUGCAAUGGACUUGAAUUCGGCACAAGCUUCUCCAGUUCUUACUGAUCCUUCACCGUUGAACAAGUCCAGAUUGGGAAUCCAUUCUAGUUUAUUUCCUUAUUCACAAUCUGGGCCUUCAUUCUCCACUAGUGUGCUAUCAAUUCCUAGAAAAAAGCCAGCGAAGCUUGAUGAUGUUCGAUCCAAUGGUUGGCUUGACGCUAUGAAGUCGUCUUCACCUCCUAGGAAGAAGAUUCUGAAGGAUGUAAACAUUGAUGUUUCUUCUGAUGAUGCUGAUGUUACAUACCUUUCUUGGAUGAUAAAGUAUCCAUCAGCUCUCAACUGCUUUCAGCAAAUUAUGAGGCAAGCAAGGAAUAAACAGAUAGUGAUUUUCUUAGAUUAUGAUGGAACUCUUUCUCCUAUCGUUGAUGACCCUGACCGUGCUUUUAUGUCCAAUGAGAUGCGUUCUGUUGUCAGUAAUGUUGCAAAGUAUUUCCCAACAGCAAUCAUCAGUGGGAGAAGACGUGAUAAGGUUUAUGAGCUGGUAGGUCUAACGGAACUCUAUUAUGCCGGUAGCCAUGGUAUGGACAUCAUGUUGCCAAUCAAGAAUACGUUGUCUGCUAACAAUUCAAAUUGUAUUAAAGAUACUGACCAGCAGGGCAAGGAAGUCAAUCUGUUCCAGCCUGCGCGUAAAUUUUUAUCAAUGAUUGAUGAGGUUUUUAAAACCCUUGUCGAAAAAACUAAAGACAUUAAGGGUGCAAAAGUUGAGCACCAUAAGUUUUGUGCCUCUGUACAUUACCGUAAUGUAGAUGAGAAUAAUUGGUCUCUCAUUGCACAAUAUGUCCAUGAUGUCUUGAAAGACUACCCUCGGCUACGGCUAACUCAUGGGCGAAAGGUUUUAGAGGUCCGUCCUGAUAUUGACUGGGACAAAGGAAAAGCAGUUGAAUUUCUGCUGGAAUCACUAGGUUUUAGUAACCCCAGAGACGUGCUCCCAAUAUAUAUUGGAGAUGAUAGAACAGACGAAGAUGCAUUCAAGGUAUUGAGGGGGAAAUAUAAAGGAUAUGGAAUUCUUGUUUCAACUACCCCAAAAGAGAGCAAUGCAUCCUUUUCUCUCAAGGAUACUUCACAGGUGAAAAAUUUCUUGGAAUGUCUUGCGAAAACGAUGGAAGUUGAAGAUGAUGAUAUAUAAAAAAGCAUGAGGAGAGCUACAUGGAAAUUUCCAUAGUGUUAGGUUUAUAGAAAAUGGGUACUAGGUUUCAAGAUUAUUUUUUUAUAUAUAUGAAUAAGCCAAAAGUCAUCUCUCAAUCUUUGUUUACUGUUUUGUUGAAGGUUCAAAUUUUGCAAAGCUCCAUUCUUUUGUUACUUUGGUUUUAUGUUCUUUAGUUUUUAUCCUAUUUUGGUAAUGUAAGGUCUUCAAAGGAUGACCUCCUUUUCUCUUGAGUUGGUAGUAGUAAUAGGUUGCCCAUUAUUCUUACAAAUAUGUAUUUCUCAUGAACACAUUUUGUUAUUUUGUAAUAUUUUCUUGGUGAUUUUUAGUGUGAAUUUGCAUUGACAAAGUGAA